CGUCGGCCGAGAUCAGUCCUUCCUCGUACAAAUAUCGUACAAUUCGGCGCGGGCGCACACUUCUCAGUAACCGUUCACCAAGCCAACUCCGGCCGGUUACUUAACGUUUUUACAAUAACAACAUUGCAUCCAAUAAGGCCGCAAGCGAAGUGCAUUCUAUUCUUAAAUUCUUUUUUUGAAUUUAAAUUUUUAAAUAUGCAAGUGCUCUUUUUCAUUCUAUGUGCCGUGUGUGUUUACGCAAAAGUUACGCCGGACUACUUCCCACAAUGCAAGAGAUCCGACCCAAAGAUCGAGAAAUGUGUUCUGGACGCGAUAGAGGCAAUGAGACCUCAACUGAAGGCUGGCAUUCCUGAAGUCAACAUACCGGCAUUGGACCCAUUCACUGUUCCCACCCUUAAGCUGGACAGGACAGCACCCAACCUGCGCUUGAAAGCGACAGUCAGACACGCCAAAGCUUACGGAGGAUCGGACUUCAAGAUUGAGAAAUUGAAGUUAAACUUGAACAACAAAUACGCGGCGGAGAUUAAGCUCGUGAUACCCAAGUUGGUGGUGACCGCGGACUAUGAUGUGCGUGGCUCCCGGCUGCUCACCCUGGACAUCAACGGCAAGGGCAAGCUCAGAGGAAACUUCACUGGAAUAACAGUUGUAGCCAAGGGCAUCGCCAAGCCAAUAGAAAAGGAAGGUGUAAUGUACAUACAGGCUGAGAAGAUAGUCACCAGGGUGAAGAUUGGUCAUGGGCAGGUCGCAUUUGAUGAUACAGAGCGUCCCGUUGCUGCUGUCUCUGCUGCCACAUUCUUCAAUGCCAGUCCGGGUGUCGUCAUCGAUAUCUUAAAUCCUCUCAUUGACGAGACCAGUGCAGCUGUGUUAAAAGCAUUCAUCAACAAAGUGCUAGGAGGAAUUCCUCUAAGUGAAGUAUUAACUGACAAAAAAUAAUAUAAACAAACAAGGGCUCAAUACAGUACCUUGGAAGACACCUUCUUCCAUGUAAUUAAGGUUACCGGUGCAAUUUAAUGCAACGCCAUUAUUGAUUUUAUAUUAUUGCUUUAAAUUGAUUUGUACACGUAUAACGUAUAAGACGUAUUUAUUUUACUACUCAUAUGAAUAAUGUUGUAUGAAAACUUUUGGAAUAAUGUGAGCAAUAGAGUGCAUUGCAAUUAUUGCCAUUUAGUACACCAGGACCAAUUUCUCAUCUAGCAGUGAAUGCGGUACUUAGAGCUAAGAACCUUAUUAUAUAUCUUUAUAAAUACACAUACAUAUGUAAAAUAUCAUGUAAAAUGUUAAUGAUUUAAAUUGUUGGUGGGAAAAAAUUGUGUAAGACAAAUUAAUUUAGUUCCUUAGGUUAGAUUCUCUAUUUUUGUAUACGUUUUUAUUAAUAACAAAAUUAUAAGAUAUAUACUUAAUUUCAUAUCUACUUUUAAAUAUUUUACCAAAACUCUAUAAAAAUGAUUUACUUUUUAAUUUAUCAAAUUGUCUUCUUUAUUAUGUUUUUUUUUCAAAUCAGUUAUUUUGUCACCAAAGAUAUUCCUAGUGCCUGUAUUGUUUUAUGUAUGUAUAUAUAAGUUAUUGUAUAUUAUAAUGUUAGAAUGAAUAAAAGUAUG